GGUCGGCUUGGUCGGUUCUAGCUUAGAUCGGCCCGAUCGGAAUUUGUGUCAUCUCGGCCCGUGUGCUUCUCGGCAGUGUUGGCUUUCAGCCGGACCGCUCCGAUAUAGACCGAUAGGAUUUGUUCGGUGAUAGGGUGCCGAUUGGGAGAGAAGAAUGAUAAGGCCUUCCGCCCGACCCGGACCUGUGGCCUUUAUAUAGGUACCUUAUAGAACCCUCGACAGAUCUCUUCAAGCAAACCUAUUUUCCCUCCACUGGAACCCAUCAUCAAAAGACGUCAACCGUGCUCAAAAGAGUCAACCGCAGCUAUGGCGUGCUCGUCACAAAACUCGUCCGUCUUCCACCGUUCGCUGCACAAGCCGUACCCCACCGCGGUCGGCGGCGAGGGCGUCUACCUCUUCACAGCAGACGGCCGGAAAAUCCUCGACGGCAGCUGCGGCGCCGCCGUCUCCGGCAUAGGCCACGGCAACAAGGAGGUCAUCGAAGCCGUGUGCGAGCAGAUGCGGCGGCUCGCCUACAUCCAGACGUCCUUCUUCACCACGGACCCGGCCGAGGCGCUCGCGAGCGCGAUCCUGGAGAACAGCGACGGCGCCUUCUCCAAAGUCAUGUUCCUGUCCUCGGGCUCCGAGGCCGUCGAGUCCGCCCUCAAGAUGGCCCGGCAGUACCACGUCUACAACGGCCAGCCGGAACGCGUCCACGUCGUCGGCCGCCACCACUCGUACCACGGCAACACCCUGGGCGCGCUCGCCGCGGGGCACAACCCGUCGCGCCGGGACACUUUCGCCCCGAUCCUGUCGCCGGCUUUCCACCACGUGCGGAGGUGCUUUUACCAGGCCGACGGCGGGGGCUCGCUGAGCGAAGCCGAGUACGAGGACGAACUGCUGGCCGAAUACGAGGAGACGUUCAAGAGGUUAGGGCCCGAGACCGUCGCGGCCGUGAUUGUCGAGCCUGUGGUGGGUGCGACGUUGGGUGCGGCGCCGGCGACGCCCAACUACCUCCCGCGGCUAUCGAAGCUGUGCCGCAGCUACGGCAUCCUGACCAUUUUCGACGAGAUCAUGUGCGGCAUGGGGCGUGUAGGGACGUACCACGCCUGGCAGAGCCUCGGGGGCGUCAGUCCGGAUCUGCAAACCGUCGGCAAGGGCCUCGGCGCCGGAUACCAGCCCCUGUCGGCCGUGUUGGUAGGCCCCACGGUACACAACGCUUUCCAGGAGCACUCGAAGGGAUCGAACGGCUUCAUCAGCGGGCACACCUUCCAGGGACACCCGGCGGCCUGUGCGGGAGCCUUGGCCGUGCAGAAGAUCCUGAAGCGGGACAACCUGAUCUCCAAGUGCGGAGAGCUGGGCCAGGUCCUCCACGACGCUCUGGAGUCGCAGCUGCCCGAGGAGUUGUCUCAGGGCGGAGGCAAACUCAGGGGUAUGGGUCUGUUCCGAGCCGUCGACUUUGGGGAUAUGGGUGCUUCAUACGGGGGGCCCUUGGCCGAGGAGGUGGCCACCAAGGCUUUCGACCUGGGUGCGUCCGUCUAUCUCUGCUCGCCGAAUGUCGACGCCAUCUUGAUCUGCCCGCCAUUCAUCUCGACAGAGGAAGAGAUUAAGGAGCUCGCCAGAAUAACUAUCCAAGCAGUAAAGGAAGUGCUAGAAAGGAAGAACGCCUCUCAGGAGUGAUUGAUGG